UAUCAGUCGAGGUCAAAAAUCAAUGGAGAAAUACUUAGUUUCGCCGGAACCAUCGCCGGCAAAAUCUAGAACUACGGUCAGGCGACCAUGGAAGCGAUCUUUAAUCGAAGUGAAUGGACGAUUGGAUUCAGCGUACCGACACGAACUCUAUUCUCGAGUUGCUCAUUCCUACUCGGAGAUUGGGAAAUUUUCACAUUUUUAUCACUUGAACGAGAACCCAUGUAUAACCCAUAUGAUGCAGAUCCAAAGCCUAUAUCAAUGCCCGACAAUGCGAGGUGUUGCAGGGCUUGAUUUUGAUAACCGGGGUAUAUUCUUAGUGUCUGUCACAAGAUCAGGAUGCUUGAUGGUGCAUGACUUUGAAUCUCUAUAUUGCCAGAGUAAGCUUGGCCCAGGUUCUGCGGAAGAUGAAAGUAAGCAUGUUGUGCAUUUCUCUUACCCUCCCGGUAGAGAAUUUGAUGUUGCUAGAUGGAAUCCUUCAAACCAGAAUGAGGUAGCCUGUACAUCAAGGAAACAUGAUCAAGUGCUUAUCUUCGAUAUCAGUUACAUGUCUCCCAAACCAACUGAGGUAUUGCAAACUAGACAGAAGCUAUCGAUUAUUGGCCGCAAAAUUUCUAGAGGUUUAUCUGAUGUUGCCAUUACAAGUGAUGAGGAUUCGAGAAUAUUUUCUCCAGAUACACUUGGUAUGGUUCAUGUGUGGGAUCGAAGAGCAGGAGUGUCUCCAUGCAUUGAACUUUCAACAGACAGAUAUGAUUCGAUCAAGAGUAUUCAAAUAUAUGUGGAUAAUCAGACUAUUUUUGGAGCUGGUAAAGAAGGAAUCAUUCAUAUCUGGGACCUUCGUGGAGGAAGAAACUCUUCUGCUUUUCAGAGCCGCAAAGAUAUGAGCCAAUUGCCUUUAGCAUCUCUACAUCUUGCACCGAAGCUGCAGAAAAUUGCAUCUCUUAAGGCACAGUCAGAAAUCGUUCCCAAGGAAAUCCAUUCCAUUGAUGUAAACCCAUCCUCUCCUCAUCAACUUGCAUUUCACCUUGACGAUGGUUGGUCCGGUGUUCUUGACAUAUAUAAAUCUGAAGUUACUCAUGUACAUUGCCCUCCUCCAGCAUGGUUGGAUGGUUCCAACAGUUCAGCUGAUUUAAUCUUGCGGAAGCCAUCAUGGCUGCCAACAUCAUCUAUUUAUGUGGUUGGGUCCAUGAGCGAGAAAGGGAUUCAUGUUCUUGAUUUUCAUCCAAGCUCCAGGUCUCCUUGUCAUGUUGACUACGAUGAGGAUACACAGAGAAAUGAGAAGAGAGACAAGUGUAAUCACAGAAACAAGUUUGUCUCAUUGUCUGAAACUGUCACAGGUUGUGCUGCGCAUCCUCUCAACGGCAUGAUCGUAGCUGGAACUCAGGUAUUCAAGUUUGCUUAAAUUAUCUUAAUCUAUUUUAGGUUUUUAUAUUAGUUUUAGUAGUUCUCGGCUAACAAAACAAACCAGUGAAACAAAUGGGCUUGUUGUCUGGUAGUAGUAGUAAUAGAAUAGUGUAAUUGGCAUUGUGCAUUAUAUCUGGUAAAGACAAAGUGUCAAUAGUGAUAAGUCACUAUUUGAAUGGAAAUGGUGAUUCUGCAGAAUUCGUCUUUGCUGUUGAUCGCUCAGAUGCAUUGCUCAUCUUCAUCAGAAACUGCAGAAGGUGAAUUGUAGCAUCUACUAGCUGGACUCGGCGUAGGUUUGUAACAUAGAAAUCAGCCACGAGAUUAUGUAUGAAUAUAUAAGUUUUGCUUAAAUGGAUGUUCCAAAAAGAGUAUACUCAUCACAACAUUGAAAAUGCUCUUUCUUGUUGUAUAUCAUACUUAUUUUGCUAAAUUCGUUUCCAUAAACAGUGCGACUCAAAACUACAAAAUGUAAACAUGCAACAAUUAUUUCUUAAGCUCAGAGCGAACAGGAUGGAAUUCAAAUUUAUUCAAUAAUCUCAGAACAUUUUAUUUCUUUCUAACAAGCUUAGAAGUACAUUUCAAUCGGAAUAUUAAUUCCGAAGUUUUAAAAAACACAUUAUUAUGAUCUCAAACCCUAUCGCCUCGAAGCCUUUUAGCGAGCUGGAUAUCCUUAGGCAUGAUAGUUGAUCUUUUGGCAUGCAUGGCACACAAAUUGGUGUCCUCAAAC